AUGUACGACCCAUCCCAACACGACGACGCAGAAGCAGAUCCCUACGCGUUCAGCCAACAGUUCGAACAGACACAGCAGGCGUCCCAGUCACAACAACCUGAUGUGUUUGAAGGGUGGGAUGAGACCCUCUGGGGUUUACUCAUCCCAAUGAGUCGCUCCCUCCCGCGCAUUCAUUUGCGGAAGGAUAGGAACUCGCUGACGUUGGGACGCGGUUCUGAGAACAUUAUCGUUCUUCCUCACCUGAAGAUCAGUAACAAGCAUUGUAUGCUGAGGUGGGACUCGAGCCUCAAGGGUGAUAGCAGCCUGACGGUGAUGGACAAGUCGAGCAAUGGGACAUUCAUCAAUGGGUCCAAGGUUGGGAAGGGCAGAUCCGCGAUUCUGAAAGAUGGAAGCGACAUCGCGUUUGGUUCAUGGUCGGACAGUAACAAGGAAGAUAAUUACAGAUUUGUCUUCCGUUACAUGGCGGAUGGGCCACCAGCAAGUGGUCUCGACAGAGACUAUGAUGUUGGAUUUGAGCUCGGCCGCGGAUCAUUCGCUACAGUCAAACGAGCUAUAUGCCGCGCAGACGGCAAACCAUACGCCAUAAAAAUGAUCAGUCGUACCAAGCUUCGCGCUGAUGGCGAAUCAGCCACAACCGUGUUCUUAAAAGAGAUCGAAAUCCUUCAGAGGCUGCAUCACCCGAAUAUUUGCCAGCUAAAGGAGCAUUUCCACGACACGUCGAAUGUCAUUCUCGUUCUCGAAUACGUAGACGGCGGUGACUUGUUGGACUAUAUUAUCAACCGUAAUGGAGUCUCCGAAGUGGAGGCACGCCAUUUCGCGUAUCAGUUAUGCAGGGCUCUCAAGUACAUCCACUCGAAGGACAUUGCGCACCGAGAUCUCAAACCCGAAAAUAUCCUCCUAACAAAGGACAAUCCUCCAAUUCUCAAAAUUGCGGACUUUGGCUUGGCGAAGGUGGUGGAUAGUAUGACACGGUUCAAGACGAUGUGCGGUACGCCGAUAUACUUGGCUCCAGAAGUCAUCCUUCGCAAUCAGGAUGAUACAUACAGCCACGUCGUCGAUAGCUGGAGUGCAGGCGUAAUCACAUUCGCUAUGUAUGUUCCGUCUCCCAAGACAUUUCUAUAUACUACCGAUCAGAACCUCAUCACGCAACAACACGACAGGCUUGCGAACUCCAAUCCGUUCCUGGAGGACGACGCGUCUGUGAUUUCAAUCCGGUUCCGAAGCCGCUAUAUCGAUUGGAGUCUCCUUGAUGAUAAGAAUAUCAGUGUUGAUUGUCGUAAGUUUAUUGAAAGGUUGUUGGAGGAGAACCCAACGGAUCGGAUGACGUGUGCGGAAGCGCUUCGACACCCGUGGCUUGCGCCUUUGGCAGCUAGCGACCCGAAGGUUUUGAGCGACACGCCCAAUGACAGUAUGAUGUCCGUGCAAGCUAAUGCCGGAUCGUUCUUGGACGAACCUGUCACGACGCCGCAACCUCCGCGCCAUCUACCACUUCACGCCGAAGGACAGCCUGCGCAGGGGGAGCAGAAGAAUACAGGCGUUUCUGGUGAAUUCGAGGAAAUGAAGAUGGAUGACGCGUCUUCGUUCAAUACCGAGACUACUGUCAAACCCACUCCUGAAGCUGGGCGAGAGUUAGGCGGUGAGGCGUCUUCUAAAGCGAAGAGCCAGCGGCGCGGGCUUGAGAGGAAACCGAUGCAGUUCGCGGAAGUAGAUGAGAACGGUCAACUGUCAUCGUUCCGUGUCUUCCCAAAAAGUCCUCCUAAAGAGGGUCCUGACUACGUAGAUACCUCCGCAGAAGACGAAAAUAAUCAUAAAAAUCUCAAGCGCAAGGAACGUUCCGAUACAUCGAUGGCCGACGAGACUGGUGCUGGUGCCGCGAACGGUGCGCAUAAAGAACAGCAGAAUGGAAAUGGAAACGAGGCCGGUGCAUCCUCAGAUGUUGUGUUGACGCCUGUUUCUGAGAACGGGGAAAGUACGGAUGGGGGAGAUGGACGUUUGGAAAACGCGACCGCGCGCAAGAGGGUUGCUGUGGGACCUGCUGUUAUCCGUGAACAGUCUGAUGCUGAUAUGAGCGAGGGCGGGCCUACGAAGCGGUCAAGGGCCAUGCCGGCUGAUGUCGCAGCUUAA